AUGUCUAUGAACGUAGCCGAGUGUGCCCCAAUCCGUGAGGGAUUUCCUCGCCCGUUCCCAAAUACGCCAACAAAUGUAUUGGCGCAGAUGCGUCUGAGCGGAAAGGUUGUCGUUAUCACAGGAGCUGCAGAUGGUAUCGGCUACGCAGUGGCUGAAGCCAUGGCUGAGGCUAAUGCCGAUAUUGCCAUGUGGUACAACUCCAAUGAUGCAGCCGUCGGGAAAGCGCAGGGUCUGGCAUCUACUCAUGGGAUCAGAGCUACGGCUUACAAGGUCGACGUUUCUGAUGCGGAUGCCGUUCAGCAAGCAAUUGCAGAUGUCGCCAAAGACUUUGGCAAGAUUGAUGUGUUUAUUGCAAAUGCUGGGAUGGCUAUUUCUAAGCCCCUCCUGGAGCAGACACUGGAAGAAUAUCGGAAGCAGAUGUCGGUCAAUGUUGAUGGCGUUCUCUACUGCGCCAAAUAUGUUGGAGAGGUGUUCAAACAACAAGGCUUUGGUAAUCUGAUCAUCACCUCUAGCAUGAGUGGUCACAUUGUUAAUGUGCCCGUUGAUCAACCCGUCUACAAUGGCAGCAAGGCCUUCGUCACGCACCUUGGGAAAUCGCUUGCUCGCGAGUGGAGAGAGUUCGCCCGCGUUAACAUUGUCUCUCCUGGCUUUUUCGAUACCAAGAUGGGUGCCAGUCCGCAGACGGUCAACGAGGCCUAUCGGAUGGCGCCGCUGGGAAGGCAGGGCCAUGUAAAGGAAAUCAAGGGGUUGUAUCUGUAUCUUGCCAGUGAUGCGUCGACAUACAUGACUGGCAGUGAUGUCCUCAUUGACGGUGGAUACGUGCUACCAUGA